GAUGAGGAGGAUCAAGCCGUUGAGGAGAUAAGGAGGCACAGGGGAAGAGCAAAGGUCAAAGAGGACGAAGUUGGAGAUACAAGACGUUAAGGAGACAAUGACGACGUUGAUCAUUAAGGAGAGGACGAUAUGAUAUUGGCAAGCGGGACAGGAGUGUUGGAUGGAGGAGGCGAAUGCAAUGGAUGCAAGGCAAAAGCAAUAGUCAGUGUUAAAAUUUUAGCUCAGAAAUGUUGCUGGAGGAUUUCAGCUUUCAUCUUUCUGUGGGUGGCUACUACCUGAUCGUUGCUUACUGCCAAAGUGUGUGCCGUGGUACGGUUUGUGAGCCUUGUUUGGUUGGAUUCCUACCCAACAACGCGCUAAGAAUCCGCCCGCACCACUGUAGUGUGGGUUCCCACGCAGAAAGGAGUAUCCUUGAGUAGAUUGUGGUCAUUAUUUAACAUCAUGAUCUCUUUCUUUGUGAAGCCUAAUCCCUGUUUUUAAGGAAAUACGAACCUCUUGUGCCCCUUCGAAACAGGAAAAAUUAUUUAUAUACGACGAUUACAUGUGAGCCAAUGGUUAAUUGGUUAUGAUGGGACGUGCAAAGGACCUGCCAUUAUCAAAUUGCCAAACAAAUACAAUGAAUUUGCUGGGUGAAUCCUCAGAAAGCAAGUUUUGUUGAUCCGUUGGGUAUUUCAACUUCAAAUUGCUGAACAAUCAAAAUCAAUCAGCUAAAAACUUCCUUUUGUUUAUUUGUUAAUCUUCAACGGUUACGUUGAAACUCACAAACUUUGGUGACCCAGCUAUUUUAUGGAGCCAACCUGGAGACCCAUCCCUGAAAAAAAAAUAUAUUACAAGCAACUUGGCUCAAUUUGGCUCGUCGGACAGCAGCCAUAAACACGCUCCUUGUGACUUGACUGAUCAGUUGAAUUUAAAAGUUGCACAAGUCUUUGAUCUUGUAAGUAAGCUGCACAGGAUAAUUGUCGAGGAGAAAGCUCAAGAAAGUGGUAGUUGUGGGCCUGCCUAUCUUAUGUCAAUAAGGCAUCUAAGUCGCAAGGACCUUUUUCACUUCACUAUGCUUUCAUACUGCUGUACUAAAAUUUUAUCUUUAUUCCUUCUUGUUCAAUGUUCUCUAACAAUUGAAGCAUCUAUAAAGAGAUGGGCUUGCUCCAUCGGUACAGCAUAAGCCGUUGUUAGAUCCUUUUCUGUUUCUCUGUCUCUCUCUUUCUUUGUGCACGAUGAGAUUUAACUUAUUACCUUACUUCUUCUCUAUAUGAAUAUUUUAUUUUUCUGUGAAAGUGUUAUCAUAACGGAGAGAUGGCUCUUGCUAAUCGGCCUAAGAAGGAGACACCGAGAAUUGGACGCAAGAAGCCAAAGAAUAUGCUUCUUCCUGGAACUAGCCUUGCCUCUGUUGAAUCCUUAUCAGUUCCUCUUGUUUGUCCAGGAAGUUGUUCUCUCAGCAGAUAUUCGAUGUGCUGAAUGUCAAGUGAGAAUAGCUGAAAUAAUGUCCAGAAUGGCUGAGACUGAUUCUCUGUCAGUUAAUCUGUUGGAGAAGAAGGUAAUCCUUACAUGUAAAUAUCCUGGCGUUAAAGUACCCACAAGGCAAGUUGCUGCUGUGUACAGUAAUCCUCUCAGCAAAAUUGCCAUGUUUAAGCGCAUUUUUCGCUCUACCAGCAGUUGAUUGCUUGUAUAAUCAUUCCAAUGCCAUACGCUCUUAUUAUCAAAAGGUUGUGUUUGUACUGAUGUAGUAUUCAAAACUGAACCGACCGAACCGACAGAUUGCACACUCUGACUACUUAGAGUGUGGCUAGUUUAUCUGGUUCAAAUUUUAACAGCAAGAAAAUGUGUAUAUUGAUCAGACUGAAGUAGUAGUGUACAUAAUUGUCACAGGAUAUGGAGGAAAUAAGAAAGAAAUGGGAGACAAUAAUAAAAAAGUUGUAGCAUAGAGAUUCUCUGUUUUUAUUAUUGUAGUUAAAGCUUGAUUGAAAAGUUAUCCAUAAUAAAGGUUUUUAUUUU